UUGACGUAUUGUCCGUGUUUUGGAAUCAUUUAAUGUGUAAAUAAAUUCAUAAAUGGCUGGAUGUAUCAAAUGAUUGUUAAUCAUAUGAAAUUAAAAUGGCUUUACCAGGAAAUGGAAUAUUUGUCGUUCAUGGUGAAAUGACGACUGUCAUAACCGCUAUGAAAAGAAGCAAUCGGUGGUCCUCGACGUCCCAUAACGAUGAACAUAAUUCUCUUCUAAAAUCAUUCCAGCAAUUAAAAGAAAUAAUAAAUGAUAUUACAGACUUAAGAAUGCGAGAUCCGUUGACAUUUUUAGAACCUUUUCUUAAAGUUAUCAGAUCAGAAGAAACUACAGGGCCUGUUACUAGUUUGGCUUUAGCAGCCGUUAAUAAAUUUUUAUCUUAUGGAAUUAUAGAUCCAACACAUAACUCUGUACCUACAUGUGUAGAUAGUAUAGCUGAUGCCGUAACUCAUGCUAGAUUUGUUGGAACUGAUCAAGCCUCAGAUGGUGUUGUUCUCAUGGAAAUAUUACAGGUUUUGCGUACGCUCAUGUUAAGUCCAGAAGGUGCUAUGUUAAAUAAUGAAACUGUAUGUGAAAUUAUUUUAAGCUGCUUUAGAAUAUGUUUUGAGCCCAGGCUUACAGAGUUAUUAAGGCGUACUGCCAAACAUUGUUUACGUGACAUGGUGCAAUUAUUGUUUAUGAGACUUCCACAGUUUGCUGAUGAUUUACAGCAGUCGUUUAAUUUGAAAAAACUAAAAAUGCGAACACAUGGUAUUGAGCAAAACCAUACAACUACCAAAGACAAAGAACAUAAUAAAGUUGCAAUAGAUGUUCAACAAAUUUCAAGUAAUAAAGAUCAAAAUAAAUCUGAUAAUCAUUUGCGGACAGAAUCUUUAUCUUCAACUCCAUCAGGAAAUAUUGUUGAUCUUCAGGGAACAAUUUCUCAAAAUCAUGAACCAGUUAGUAAUAAAGUCAAUGAUAAUACUGAUGAUACAUCUCGAAUAACAAUUUGUGAUGACGAUUUACUAGAAAAUGAAACAACUAGUUUGCUUACAUCGGAACACAAUAUUACUGAAUAUACUGGAAAUUCAGAAAAAGAAUUAAUAGUUGAAAAUACACAAGAUAUAAUUGACAAUAAUGAGUUGAAGAAACCAUUAGAUAAUACUGAUGAAAAUGAUAAAUUAAAUUCUGAAGACUUGAGUGGAUACAACUCUGAUUCUUCCAAUAUAUGUGGUUCAGCAGAAAAAUUAUCUGAAGAAUAUAUAAACUUACAGGGUGUAAGGUUUACAGCGCAAGCUGGUGAAGCUAUUGUUCCUAUUUCUCCAUAUGGUCUACCCUGCGUACGAGAAUUAUUUAGAUUUUUAAUUUCACUUUGCAAUCCCUUGGAUAAACAAAAUACAGAGCUUAUGACUCAUACAGGAUUAUCAUUAUUAACUGUUGUGUUUGAAGUUGCGGCUGAUAGUAUUGGAAAAUAUAAUGUGCUGUUAUCUCUAGUUAAAGAUGAUCUGUGCAAGAAUCUUUUUGGGUUGCUGAACACAGAAAGGCUGUCGAUAUUUGCCUCAGAUUUGCAAGUUUGCUUUCUGUUGUUUGAGUCUUUGAGAAGACAUUUAAAAUUUCAAUUUGAGUUCUAUUUAAAGAAACUCUCUGAAAUUAUAAUCAGUGAUUCACCUAAAAUACCUUAUGAGCAAAAGGAGAUAUCACUAGAAGCUAUAGUUCAACUAUGGCAUAUCCCUGGAUUAGUUACAGAAUUAUAUUUAAAUUAUGAUUGUGAUAUGCACAGUUCAAAUUUAUUUGAAGAUUUAACAAAGUUAUUGUCUAAAAAUGCAUUUCCUGUUACUGCUGGUGUAUAUCAAACACAUUUGCUAUCACUUGAUGCAUUGUUAACAAUUGUUCAAGCAAUUAAUUCAAAUUGCAACAACUCUAAAUCCAUUGACAAAAUGACAAAAAUAGAGUUAACCGAAGAUAUUGAUAAUGUUGAAAGCAAAGAUGAUGCAAGUGUUGUGGUUGACAUUAAUAAUUUUAUUAAUACUGAAAAAUCUGAUAGACAAAAAGUAGUUGACAACGCUCCUAGUUUCGAUGAACUGAAUAUUAUCAAAAACAAGAAAAGGUGGCUGGCAACUGGUACUGAACUUUUCAAUAGUAAACCUGAGAAAGGAAUUCAGUUUUUACAAGAACAUGGCAUUCUUUCGCCUCAGCUGGAUCCUCUAGAAAUUGCACAUUUUUUGAGAGAAAACCCUCAAUUAGAUAAAAAGAUGAUAGGUGAAUAUAUUAGUAAAAAGAAGAAUGUGGAGAGCCGAAUUUUGGAAGUUUAUGUUAGUUCCUUCGAUUUCACUGACACUAGAAUUGAUGAAGCAUUAAGAUUAUAUUUAGAAACAUUCAGACUUCCAGGCGAAGCUCCACUUAUAUUUUUAGUUAUGGAACACUUUGCAGAGCAUUGGCAUAAAUGCAAUGGGGAGCCAUUUGCAAAUACUGAUGCAGCAUUUAGUUUAGCAUAUGCAAUUAUUAUGCUCAAUAUGGACCAGCAUAAUCAUAAUGCAAAACGCCUCAAUAUUCCAAUGACAGCAGAAGAUUUUAUGAAAAACCUUCGUGGCUUGAAUGGUAAUUCUGACUUUGACUCAGAUAUGCUGUUGGCUGUUUACAAUUCAAUCAAGAAUGAAGAGAUUGUGAUGCCUGCAGAACAAACAGGAUUAGUUCGUGAAAAUUAUCUUUGGAAAGUCUUAUUACGCAGAGGGGCAUCUUCCGAUGGUGUAUUUCAUCAUGUACCACAUAAUUCCUAUGACAAAGAAUUGUUUCGACUAAUUUGGGGCCCAACUAUCUCAGCAUUGAGUUUUGUUUUUGAUAAAAGCAAUGAUUCUGCUAUCCAUGAAAGGGCAAUAGAAGGAUUCAAGAAAUGUGCCAAUGUUGUAGCUCAUUAUAAUAUGACUGCUGAAUAUGAUACAUUAAUUCUCACCUUGUGUAAAUUCACUACAUUAAUGUCGCUAUCAGAAUCUAAUGAUAGUCUGAAUAUUACUUUUGGACAAAAUUUAAAGGCACAGCUUGCAGCAAAAACUGUAUUUUAUUUAGUUCAUUCACAUGGUGAUAUAAUUAGAGAUGGAUGGAAAAAUAUUUUGGAUAUUAUUUCGCAAUUAUUUAAAGCAAAGUUGCUACCAAAAGUUUUGACUGAAGCAGAUGAUUUUUGUGAACCGUCUGGAAAGAUUUCACUUAUAAGAGAAAUUACACCUGCACCAAAAAGUGAAAUUGGUCUCUUUAGCAGUAUUUAUUCUUAUAUUGCACUAUCUUCUGAAACAGCAAAUCAACGCAUUCCAACGCAGGAAGAGCAGGAAUAUAUUAAGAUAGCUAAGUUGUGUAUUAAAGAAUGUUGUCUUGAACAACUCAUUAUUGACUCUAAGUUUUUGCAAAGUGAAGCUUUAUACGGAUUAAUCCAAGGUUUAAUUGCAACAUCUAAAGGUCCAGAUGGUCAUAAAUCUCUAGGAAUGUCUUAUAAUGAAGAUGCAUCUGUAUUUUUCUUUGAGCUUUUGAUUAAAGUCGUUAUUCAAAACCGAGAUCGUAUAACAGCUCUUUGGAGUUAUGCUAGAGAUCAUUUAUAUAUGCUCAUUAUGAGUGCUUCCAGCUGCGAUUACCCAUAUCUAUUAACAAGAGCUGUAACAGGAUUAUUACGUUUAGCUAGUUGUCUAAUGAGAAAUGAGGAGAUGGCUCCUAUGAUUUUAGAUUCAUUACGAAUGCUUUUAUUAUUAAAACCAACAUUACUUUUCCGGAUUUCGAAACAUAUAUCUACUGGUCUGUUCGAAUUAUUGAAAACCAGCGCUCAAAAUAUUCACACAGAGUCAGAUUGGGAUGUUAUAUUUACUUUGUUGGAAUGUGUUGGAGCAGGAGCUAUUCCACCAAAAAUUGGAGAUGAUCAAAAUUGGGAGCGAGGUGCAAAAUCAGAUGGUGCUCUUAGUAGUGAAGAAGAUAAUUGUGUUUCCGAUAGAGGUUAUACCUCAGAUUCUGAAUUAUCCAAAAAUUCAACAAAACCAUCUCCAGAUACUCCUAAACAAACUUCUAGUGAAGAAAAUUGGGCUAUUAUAAACAAAGAUCAAAUUCCUCCUACAUCAGAAAUAAAAAAUAGCAACAUAGUCAAUGCAGAACUAAAUGUGCGCUUGCUACCGCAUUCUCCUGAUGCUCUAGUGAAAUGUUGGGAAUGCUUAGCAUUCAUUGUUAGAGAUGUAGCGCAUAUCACACCAUACAAUUUUCAGAGUUGCAUUCGCUGUAUUCGAACAUUUGUGGAAGCAACGUUACAUGGAAGUAUUAGGAAGAAAUUUAAAGGGUUAAAUAAAGAUGCAAGAAGAAAGAAAGCUAACUUACGUAAAAGAGAAAAUGAUAUUAAUAGUAAAAAGGUGAAUAAAUGUGAUGAUAGCGAUUCUGAUGAUCUGCCAGAAGGUUACCAAUUCAUUGCAAUUCAAUUAUUGGAUUUAAUGCAUACUCUUCAUACCAGGACAGCACAUAUAUUUAGGUGGUGGGCUGAAGAAGGAGCUGAUCCUCCCGUGAUGUCCUUAUGGGCACAUGGUUGGAAACCACUACUGCAAGGAAUUGCCCGACUAUGCUGUGAUAAUAGAAUUGAAGUUCGCUCGAGCGCUAUCAACUAUCUGCAUCGUGCUCUUCUUAUGCAUGAUUUACAAAUGCUUACUGCUACUGAGUGGGAAAACUGUUUCAAUGUAGUUUUGUUUCCACUUCUCGGUGAACUUUUAUGUCCAACACAGUCACAAUUAUUGAACAAAAGUGAUACAGAAGAAUCAAGAAUAAGAGCAUCUACAAUUAUGUCAAAAGUAUUUUUGCACCAUCUUACACCACUUUUAACGUUGAGUACAUUUUCAAGUUUAUGGAUGUCAAUUUUGGAUUUCAUGGAUAGGUAUAUGACGUCGGGUAGUGAUUUACUCUAUGAAGCAAUUUUAGAGUCACUUAAAAAUAUGUUGCUUGUCAUGCAUUCUGUAAAGGCAUUCACCUCCACGCAAGGAUAUUCUGAGCUUUGGACAAUUACUUGGGACAGAAUUAAUAAGUUUUUGCCUAAUUUAAAAGAAGAAAUAUUUAAAGAAGAAAAUAUGUGUAAAUCAACAAACAAUCAGGAGGAACAUUCUAAUCAAACAAUAAAUAAACCUAUGCCAAAUAUUCAAUUAGAAAAUAAAUUACAAGAAAAUGAACACAGAUAUAUUCAAAGCCCUACUAUGCUUUCACCUCUAUUUACAAAUAUGACACACACUGUUUCUACACCAAUUGGCAUUCCUGAUCUUAAUCAGGAUUUUUCUAAACAUAAUUCCAAUAGAGCAGAAGCUGUUCUUUCCAAGCCACUAGUGGGAAAUGAUAUGGUUAAUUACAUUAUUCAGCAGCACUCUCCAGAUGCACAAGCAUGUCCUUCUGAUGUCCAAAUGUCAAUAAAUAAAGACUUUAUAACUGAAAUACCACAACAAACUGAAUAUCAAAAUUAUUUACUGAAUGCAAUUGGCCCGAACUUCACUGAUAAUGCGAUAGUUUGCCAAACCAAAGUGUCAGAAUCUUUACAAAAUUAUUCAUUGAUAUCUGAAAAUCUUAAUAAGGCAUGUUUUGAUAUCGACAAUCAAGCUAAUAAUUACGAGAAAUUUACUGCAGACUGUUUUCAUAUUCCUAAUAGUCCAGUUACAGAAUCUUCUGCAUCCACCCUGCCAACUUCUCAACUAUCAAAUUAUUUUUCAGAAGGAAUUACGAUUCCUCCUGGAACUGAGUUUUUCUAUAGUGCCAAUAGUAAAUCUUAAACAUAAUUUUCAUAAAUGUUACAAAAGUUGAGUAAUGAGUGAGUUUCGUUUAAUAA